AUGUUCUUGCUUUCGGAUCUUUAUCGUGUAGCAAUUAAUGUUGGUGAUCGGGCAUUAUCACCAGGGAUGAAAAAGAUUGUUAAAUGGGAUCAUCCAGCAGGAAUGAAAUAUAUACAUUUCUGGGCUCCACUUAUGAAAUGGUCAUUAGUUGGAGCUGGUUUUAGUGACAUGCUUCGUCCAGCUAAUAAACUUUCACUAAAUCAAUCAAUAUCAUUAUUUGCAACUGGUGCUAUUUGGAGUCGAUAUUCAAUGGUUAUUGUACCAAAAAAUUAUAUGUUGUUUGCAGUAAAUAUUUUCUUGGCUUUUGUCGGUGCACAACAACUUGCACGUAUUGCCCAUUAUCGCUAUACACAUCCAGAAGUUGCCUCAACUACUAAAAAUUAA